AUCAUCAUUCUAGAGGGAAAGUAGAGCUCCACUCUGGUGCUAAUAAAAGGCCCUUAAUACAAUACAUAUCAUGCAACUCAAGGGAAAACAAAAUUAGAAGUAAGCACCAUAAAAUUUAGCUAUUACAAUGGCUUCUGCUCAGUGCCACAAACCUGCCACCACUAUCGAGCCUUGCCCACCAAGAAGCCAGAAACCCACCACCACUGUCGCCAAUGACAUCUGCCAACCAAAAACCACCCAACACAGCUCACUUGGCCAAAAGAUAUCUGACAUGACAAGCAAGGCUUUCAAAGGGCACCAUGGCCGCCAUGGCAACAGCCAAAACCAAGUUCAAUGCUACAGCCAAACCGAGAUUGAGUCGCACGGUAACACUAACUCUAAGAAAGAGACUCAUUACUAUGGACAAUCACAGACACAACAUGACAAGAAGCAUGGGGUGUCCAAAACCCAGAUCACACUUACUGUGGUCCAAGCUCAGAUUACUCAGACCGAUGAGUAUGAAUACCCUCCUUAUGGUACCACUACAACAUGCUUUGGUACUCAUCCCAGGAAGCAUGCAGAUCCCAACAAUAACAGGAAGGACGUGAAUUUGUUCCAGAGGAUUAGAAAUGGCAUGUCCCGCCAUAGCAAUGAAGGAAACAACAGCAGUAGCAGCAGCAGUGACAGCGACAGUGACAAUGACAAGUGCCCAAAGCAAAAAACUAAGGCAAGUGCACUUAACAACGAAAAGUGCCCAAAGCCAAAAACCAAGAAUUGAUGCUAGGAGAAGCCGCGAGCAGGAUGCUAAUAAACAAAGCUUAUGUGACAAGCGUAGAGAAGAAAACAUGUUUACAAAUAAACAGUGUCUUUGUGAUAUAAUAUAAUUCUUGUACCUAAUAUAGCUGGGGAAAUAAAUGCCAAUAUAACAAUUGGUUGUU